AUUUGAUUAGAGACGGAAAACUACGAGACACCAGGAAAAUGUCUUCUAUUCUAAAACUCUUGAUUUCAGUGUUGCUCGCCGCUUCUUUCGCCUCUGCAAGUCUCAAUACCGAGUACAGUAACUCAGCAUUCCUCGAUGAAGCUAAAACUUACAAACUUUAUUGGAAAAUUGACGAUGAUAAGAAAAUAAUAUCCUUUGCUGUCGAAGUCGAAACACUUGGAUGGGUUGGCUUUGGGAUAUCGCCUGGAAAUGGGAAUAUGGCUGGAUCUGAUGUUGUGAUUGGCUGGGUUAAAGGCAAUAAGGGUUAUUUGAAGGAUAGAUAUGCUGAGUCGAGAACGCUUCCCGUCAUCGAUGAAAAACAAGACUACAACCUUACAGAAGCUUACGAAGAAAACAAAAAAACAGUGCUGAAGUUUUCACGUAAAUAUGACACAUGUGACAAACAGGACAUUAAGAUCGAGCAAGGAACAGUUCGAGUUAUCUACUCUUACCAUCCCCAAGAUCCUGUAUCAGAGGAGACCAUCCCGAUGCAUACCGUCCGAGGCACAAGGUCUUUGUUCCUAAGAAGCAUUCUCACUAAAAAGCCAGCCUUGCCCAACGAUUUAAAGGAAUUUGACUUACGAGUUGACAUUAAUGUUUCCAGCAAAGAAACCUUGUAUUACUGCAAACCAUUUCAAAUACCAGACUUCAACGAUACCAAGAAACACGUCGUCAAGAUCUCUCCUAUAAUCACCCCUGGUAACGAAGGUAUGGUUCACCACAUUUUGGUAUAUGGAUGCAAAGAUGAUUUUCCCGUUUCUAAUCUCAGCGGCGAGGGAGAAUGCUAUACUUCUGACAUGCCUGAUCACGUAAACUAUUGUGCUGGACAGGCAGUAGUUGCAGCAUGGGCUAUCGGGGGCGAUGAUUUCUACUUUCCUAGCCAUGUUGGAUUACCGCUUGGAGACGAACUUGCAGUGAAGUUUGUUGUGAUGGAAAUUCACUACGACAAUCCGGACAAACUAACAAACCGCACCGACCAGUCUGGUCUUCGUUUCCACUAUACUUCCUCUCUACGCAAAUACGAUGCCKCUAUGCUAUGGGUUGGUUGGGCUGUUACUGAUAGGAUGUGGAUCCCACCGUAUGAAAAGAAGUGGAAUUCUAUCGGCUACUGUCCUUCAAGCUGCACAAAACUAGGAUUGGCAAACAGCAGUUUACCAGAGGGAGGCAUCAAAGUGUUUGCAGCGAUUCUUCACUCUCACCUUCUUGGUAGAGCAAUUUCGACCAAGCACAUCCGCAAUGGAAAAGAGCUGCCAGAAAUCGCUAGGGACGACCACUAUGACUUUAACUUUCAGGACUUUCAAAUUCUCGAAAAGGAAAGACACAUCUUACCGGGCGAUGAAAUGAUCACAAACUGUCAGUAUGAUUCCUCAAAGAGGACCAAGCUUACAAUGGGAGGACUAUCCACAAAAGAAGAGAUGUGCUUGAGCUACAUGUAUUAUUACCCAAGAAAUGAUUUCACGACGUGCGUAUCGAGCAACUACAGAGGAAGUCGCCAGUUCAAGAGUGAUUACGAAAAAAGGACGAACACAACUGUGAAAGAAUGGAAGAAAAUGGAAUGGAAAAAAGAAUGGAAUAAGGACCUUAAGGAAGACUACGAGAAUCAAACCUCUAUUUGGGUAGCCUGUAUAAGGACCAAAGGAAUUGGGAUUAAACUGAAAAACAAUGGGAAWAUUCCAAUUCCGUCUAUUAAAGAACCACUGCCAAAGCCCCAAGACUGUAGUGUUGGUCCCACUGCACCUGGUACAAAACCUGGAGGUGCUAAAACCACGGAACCUGGCGCGGAAUCUUCGAGUGCCAAACUCGGCGUCACCGUUUUCCUGUUGCUUACAGCAGUAUUUCUGAUUCACAUUGUUUAAUAGCCGACUUUAGAUAUUUUGCACAAAAGAAUUGUAGACGAGGCUCCGGGGAAAUAAAAGAAUAAAUCAAGAUUAUCCAUUGUUUUCCCGGAGCCUCGUGUGCGUUCUUUUGUACAUAGUUAUCGAACUAAAAUAUCUAAAGUUGACUAUUAAAGUAAUACGUCUUAUUUACAUAGACGCCAUAAUGGUUUUUAUAUUGUAAUGCAAAUUAGAUACGGGGUCCUCCAGGGGCAAACAAAAUCAAAUUUCUAAAAAUAAAUGAGUCCUCUGCGUUUACUAGCGAUAUUUUUAAUACCGAGCUUUCGGCCUAAGCGGCCAUUAUCAAAUUUGGAUAUUUCAACAGGUUUCUCAUAAAAUGUUAUAGUUUUCUUUAAUUGUACACGCGAAUACUUGUCAAAUGAAUACAUUUUUUUUUAUUUUAACUAGUGUAGGAAGUUCAUCUGAAAAUUAUCUUUUAUUUUUGUAUUUAAUGCUAGAAAUUUAAAAACGUCUAUCCAGGACUGCCAAGUUUACAGACAUAUAAUUUUUUUUCUUUUUUUCUGCAAGAUUGAAUGGCAUAUACAUUGUAUAAGGGCGUAUUCAGUCCGUUUGAGGCGAAGGGGUGCUGUAGACCCCUCUCUGAGCAGAAAAAAUAUAAUUGCUUUUUUAUUAUUUUCAAUGUUUUUUAUAACAAUUAAAGACCAUUCAUUCCCUCCCCCUUAAAGCCAUCUAGUUCCCCCUAAAAACCAUUAGCUCCCCCCUUAAAAUUUCAGCUGGAUCCUCCGUGGAUAUAGAGCUUGUCCAUUGCUCAAAAUUUGCAUUUUUUUAUAGUGUUAGCCCCAUAGACCUUUWCUGAAAUGUAAAAUCAUGGUGAAUUGUGGUCUAGCUUCGGCAUAAACAUCGCCAUAUUUGGCAGGAUGAGCAAAAGAUGUUUCUACCGAAUUUAGACCACAAUUCAAAGCAAAAAUUUUUAUCUGCCUAUGGAAGCCCGCUUAGCUAAUUUGCAUGACGUAGURCGMAAAGCAUCACGGUAGCUAUCGUCAUUAAUGUCUAUUUACAUAUGACUUUCACUGUUUAUUAUUCUAGGCAUAGUUGAAGGUCAACUAUAUGGCUUGCUUAUUAGUUUAGUUUAAAAACGAUUUUAUACCGUGGGAGACUGGGUACAAUUCCCUUGUACCUAGUCUCCCACGGUAUGAAAUCAGGCAAUGGUUGAUUGGGUACAAUUCCCUUGUACCUAGUCUCCCACGGUAUG